AUGUCCACUUGCUUGUCGCCAAACCCCCACAGCCCCAUCACCAACCUCACUUCGGUCGCACGUGUCGAAAUCAAAUCACUUCGGCAUCGUUUGAUUGAUUCGAUUUCCCUUCUCCGAACCGUGACGCCCGGUAUCCGCGAUCAAUCCGCCGCAUUGUCCGGGUCACAAGACGCAGGUACCGGACCUCCUGAGUCCUCCCAGUUGGAGUUUGUCGAGCCUGUCGUGCAUUGCGAGCACGAACACAACAAAUCUUUUCAAGAACGCAACGAUAUCACCGCCGCAGCCACGGAGAACGAGACCGAACAACCGCCUCCGCCGCAAUAUCCCGCCUCAGAGGCGUCCUCUUCCUCUCGUCCUCCACCCUUCUCGUCACUCUUUGCGCCGCUUAGUGACACAGCGGGCGAAUCAUCUAGCAAGUUUGUUAGCGCUGUACCAGUUGAAGCGUGUGCAUCUGGAUCUGUAGCUGCUCCUGCCUAUUCAAGGAGCCCAUCGUUCGAGCCUUCACCUUUCGAUACCGACGGAACCCCUCCGAGAGCUUUCUACGACCCGGUUGGAGAAACCAAGCGAGCGCUUCCGCAAGAUACUAAAGCAGAGUCUAGUCGCAAGGACGAAGACACAGAACCACCUCCAGCGUAUUCAGAAGGCGACAGUCCUCUCCACGCAUUCACAUACGUCAUGUCAUCCGCUGGCGGCGCAGCGAGUAUUAUUACUCAGGUCCAACAAGGAGGUCCGCCCAUCAAUGCCAUUGGAGAUGUCGGUGCCGACGAGACAAUCGCAAUGGACCUUCGCGGUACCAAAUUCGUUCUCUCACGAGAUGAACUUUUGACAUUACCAGAAUUCGUUUUGCUGUCACUGUUUCCUAAUGGAUUGUUUCCAGAGGGUCAUUUGAAUGGCUUUUCCGAGAACGAUGCCGUGCAAGUCGACUAUGACCCAGCAUCACUGCAGUACAUGUUGGACUUUUUCAGAAAUGUGGCUCAGACAAUACCUUCAGAGUCAUCGCCCGGCGCUUCUCAGGACGGUGAUGCGAUGUCUGUAGAACCCCUUGGGUCACGAGACGACUCAUCUAAGCGAGCAGGCAUAAUUGUUUUGAGAGAGGAUUUGGAUUUUUAUGUUAUACCUCCGAGGGCGGACAUUAGCCAGCCAGAGAUGAUUGAGGUCAAGCGUGCGGCUGCCAAGGCUUUACAACAGCAAGACGGCAUCUUUUCGGGACUGAAGCGUAGCGACGAGCCUGGUACGACCGAAGCGCAUCUGAUUGAAAUGUUGACGGCAGGUGGAUUCAAUCACGACGACACAUGGGGUCACCGGGCGGGAGAGCCGAACAAGGCCGUCAUUUGCAGUCUGGCAUUGGCUCGUUUGCGCAGCGAUAUUAGGGGCAACGACAUGGGCACGAGCGCCGUCGGCAUGGCACAGAAGCUUUUGCUCUUCUGGAGAAAGCCUGCGCGAAGAUGUUGGUGGGAAGGCGUCGAGUUGGACAAUGUCGACGGUGUUAAUGGGCAGCUGAAAGUCUGGAUCCGACGCGUCUGGACACUGGAAAUGAGCGUGAUUGGACUCCGCUGA